AUGGCCAGCCAAUACGCCAGCGACCAGACUAAUCCUGCCUCGCAACCAGAUCUGGAGGCUAUCUAUACUCAACUCUCUCGCUAUCCGUUCUCUACAGAUGCCGAAUAUCAAGCUGGCCUCGCAACCAUCCUAGGCCACCAGGACACGCCUGCGACCCCAGAAGAACUUGACGAGAAAUCAGACCUGGUGCUGCAGGCACAGUGCUUCUAUUUCUCACGGAGGUUUCACAUCACGCCGCCCGUUGUUCCCCAGGCGUAUUCAACGUGGCUUCAAUCACAACCACAUCCGCACCCACACACGCAACUAUUCCAACCACAUUCCCAGCCUGAACGUUCCACCUCAACACCGUCAUCACCGCCUCAAGAUCUCCCUCCAACAGCCGCUCCCACCUCCGCCACGACAGACACCACCGCGGCAUCUCCUGUGGGAGCUGCUGAAGACCCACCCUACCCCACCUCCUUCGCCGCAAUUGUGGACCUUAUAACGCGUAACAUUCCCGUUCCAGGGAUUGAGGAGAUUCCCCCUACUGUCCUCGAGCCUGGAUCGAGCAAGAUUGACAGGACACCGAGGAGGAAGAAACCUUGGGAGAAAGACGACGAUGUGACUCAGUCGGGGGAACAAGAGUCGAAAGUAGAAGGAACAUCUUUAGAGGCCGGUGACACGCAGGCCACGAGCAGGAGCGAGCAGAGCGAUGAAGCCGGGUCUGGGCCCGACGGUGUCGACGUUAACGGACACAAAAUGGCUGGCGAAGGCGUGGUAAAGAUUCUUCAGCCCAACGCCAUCCCAGACAGUGGGCUGCUCGGCAAAGAUUGA